CCUCUCUCCUGUUCGGAGGGUUUUACAGAGCUGGGUUACUAUAAUGGCUCCGUGUCUCAGACGGACUCUGGCGCCCCCUGCUUGCAGUGGGCAGAGUUUCCAGACUACAUGCUGCAGUACCCUGGUCGAGGCCUGGGGGAGCACAGCUACUGCCGGAACCCUGACAGAGAGUCCAAUCCCUGGUGCUUUUUCAGACAGACCUCUGGGGCCAUCGGCUGGGCCUACUGCGACUGCCACCAGGGUAGGCUUAUGGCAAAUAUACUGUCUGUAUACAUAUAGACAAUAUACAAAGCAAAUACAGUAUUAUACACAGAGCCUUCUGCGCCUGCCAGGGUAGCCCUGUAGCAAAUACUGUAUACCAGAGGAGGCUGGUGGGAGGAGCUAUAGGAGGGGCAGGCUCAUUGUAAUGGCUGGAAUGGAAUUGAUGGAACGGAGUCAAACACGUUGUUUCUGUGUUUGGUACCAUUCAAUUGAUCCCAUACUAGCGAUUACAAUGAGCCCAUCGUACUAUAGCUUCUCCCAUCAGCCUCCUCUGCUGUGUACACAGUAUCUACUCUGUAGUUCUUCCAGACUAUUGAUUGGCUGAUGUACCUGUCCUUCUCUCCCUCUCCUAGGUGCAGCUCGGCUGGUGGGCGGGACAUCGUCAGAAAGUGGACGUGUGGAGGUGUAUCUGAAUGGCCAGUGGGGGGCGGUGUGUGACUCUCAUUGGACAGACAGAGAUGCAAGUGUGAUCUGCAGACAGCUGGGGCUGGGGUAAGAGAGAUGUAGGAGUGUGUAUGUUUGUGUGUGUGCCUCCUCAUUGCGAUCGGAAUUGUAGCAUCGCAGCAUUUCCGUUUCAACUGUAAGACCGUGUGUGUGUGUGUGUGUGUGUGUGUCCUCAGUGAGAUCGGUACUGCGUUGCAGCACUCCAGGUUCGGCUCGGGCACCGGCCUUUGCCAUUACGAGCGGCUGGGUUGCCGUGGUGAUGAGAGCUCUGUCAGCCAAUGCCAGAGCAGGACAUUCGUUACGGGGGACUGUAGCCACGGAAACGAGGCGGGAGUUGUGUGUGCUCCACCAGAAGGUCAGUAGAAAGCUAGAGAGAAGGAAACAAAGUGCCUCAUAUAAAUAAAUAAUCAGCAUCGAUAUCGGGACAUUGUUUUCUCCCACAGGCAGUGGUCCUCCUCUACGAUUGGUUGGAGGAGAAGAAGACUUUGAGGGGCGUGUGGAGGUUUUCCACGGCGGUAGGUGGGGCUCUGUCUGCGAUGACCAAUGGGACGACAGAGAUGCAGAGGUGGUCUGUCGACAGCUGGGCUUCGGGUGAGAGAGACUCUGUAGGAGUAAAUAUCUUGUAGCUAGAGGAAGUCAUUAUUGUUGUUUUGACCCAUGUGUGUGUUUAGGGGUGUGGCGAAGGCCUGGUCGUGGGCCCACUUCGGACAGGGCUCAGGUCCCAUCCUAUUGGACGCUGUGAGGUGUACAGGAAAUGAACUCUUCCUGGACCAGUGUCUUCAUGGAGACUGGGAACAACACAACUGUGACCAUAUGGAAGACGCGGGGGUGUCCUGCAGUCCCUACACAGGUACACACACAUAUUUCACGCACACACACACAACAAACACACAUCCCAAAAACAGAUAUAACGUGCACACAUAUGAUCUAAAGUGUGUAUCUGUGUGUUCCAGACGGUGUGGUGCGGUUGGUAGGAGGAGACGGUCCAUGGGAGGGUCGUGUUGAAGUGUUCCACUCUGGGGACUGGGGUACUGUGUGUGACAACCACUGGACUCAACAACACACACAGGUGGUCUGUCGACAGCUCGGAUACAGGUGUGUGAGUGUACCUUCCUCUGCAGGCAUGAUAUGGGCUGUUGCGGUGACUGUGUUACCGCCACACCGGCAGUCAUGAGUCAUGAGUCCAUGACCGUUGAGUCACGGUAAUCUCCUCUUAUUCACUCUGGACAUGCGUUGGUAGUACCCAACUCCCUAACGAUCAUCAGGUCGCUAAUGGCCUGGUAGUCAGGGCUCUAUUGUCCCUCUAACCACUCUGACGUCAAUGCAAAUGCCAUCGAAAAUCACAUCAAACACUUAUUCAAAACAGUAUCGUGCUUUUAAAACUCACCACGCUUUGAUCUAUUUGAAGAACAACAGGUUGAAACUGAGUGGAAAACAUGGUUGUUGUGGAUGUUGUUUCACAAUCUACCACAACGAAAUGGACAGCGCUUUCUAAGGUGAUGAUUAAUGGAUUAAUGGACUAAUGAUUAAUGGACCCCAGGAAAAAUAGCUGCUGCUUUCGCAACAGCUAAUGUGGAUCCUAAUAAAAUACCAAAUACCCAAAAUUAAAAAACACCCAUACACAUAUUAGAGCUUAUGCAUACCCGUAGGCCUAUAUAUGAACCCAAGCCCAAAAACAAAACCUGAAUUAAAAUAAUUAUUGUGCUGUUAUACAAUACAUAUCCUACAGCAUAUUACGCACGGCAGAAAAACAUUUUAAAAAAAAUUGUAUUUGGUACAUAAUUGGUCUAGCCUAUACUCCUAAAUUAAACAAAUUCUAGUAAUUGCCUUUGAGUGUGGACUGUAUUAUUAUACAUUCUGGAUGGACUGGUUACCUUAUGCUACGCUCUAAACUUUCUAUCCAUGAGUCUGGGAGAGAACGGAGAGGCCUAGCCAAUGCUGUUGGUUCAUUGAUUGUGCAGGGAGGCCAAGCCUACAAUUACAGUGAAUUUGUAUUUGAUUUUGAAUAGCCUAGUAAUAGGUCAUUUUUUAUAUUUUCAUAAUUAAUAGGCUGACAUUACCUUUUAGCUACAGAAUAUCUCACCACUGCGUUUCCAUCUCCUCCUCUUUCUCCUUCAUUCCUUUCUCUAGUGUGCAGAGAGCGGGGCUGUCAACAGUUUAAUGAAAUAUGUUUAGUUGUGAAAACAUGUUACUAUUGAUGUUCUCGAACAGAUUUCACUUGGUUUCCGAAAUUAAGCACUGGGUAGCUGCAGGAACAUGGUUAGAGAGCCCACGGCACACAGAGUUUGGGUGGAAUAUCACCUGUCACGCAGCGAGAGGCUCCUCAAACAGUGGAUGAUGCGUGGAGUGAAAUAACCAGAGUAUUGAACCGGCAGGAAAGCGGCCUCCAUUCGCUAUUCGAGUGCAUGUAUUUUUUCCCCUGCCCCUGCCCCUGUUCCUGCGCGUUUGAUAAUGGGCCAUUCUCAAACGAAACAAAUUUUACAUAUUAAUAAAGACAAGAUUAAAUUGAGAAUAGUGAAAAUAUGGUCAUUUGAUGACAGAACAGCGUGUAUAGCCUGAGGCAAGGAACAGAGGCCAACCUUUUAUUGCUACUUUCUCAAAUCAUCAGUAGCCUAUAGUCGCAUCAUGCAGCCCAUAUAUGUUUUGAUUUCUAAGACAUUCUAAGGUUUGUAUCAUUCACAACUAAAGUUGCCAAAUAACUCUAAAUCUAGCGUACAGGACCUGUUUCAAAUGGUCACAUUUACGCUCAACAUGGCCACUUCAUAUGCUCACUCUGCUCCGAAAUGGGAAAAAUAAAUGUUUUAUGUAAGUUCAAUUAAAUUCUUCUUACUAUAAAAUCAUAUAAUAUUAAAUAAUGGCACGGGACUUAAGCAUAUCUUGUCUGGUAAAUGAACAAGCCUAUAGCCUAUGGCAUGGAGCAUAGCCAGAUAACAUACAGUAGGCCAACUCAUAUUCUGUUCUUCUGAAAUACAUUUUCUUCAUAUCAUGUUUCUUUAGACCUGACUAAAAUAAAUAAUGGAUUUAUUGUGAUGGUGUAUAUUACAUUUAUUUAUUCAACUUUUUUAAAUGUAAAUGUUCGAAAGGUGUGCAUCAGCGGCUUGUAUGCAUGGAGGCGCUUAACGGUUUAUGUUAAUUAAUGGUAAUUUACCGUUAGACCGGCAGUAUUUUGCAUGACAAUAACCGGCUGACAAAAUUUCAUGACCGCCACAGCCCUAGUGAUUACACUAGGAAGAGUCUUGUUGAUGAUUCCUGUAACCAGAAAGCCCGCCCCACUGUUUAAAUGUAGACUCAGUAAUAUGACAUCAUCAUAAAAUGUUUUACAUUUUUAGUAAUUUAGCAGACGCUCUUAUCCAGAGCGACUUACAGUUAGUGAGUGCAUACAUUAUUUAUUUUUUCAUACUGGCCCCCCGUGGGAAUCGAACCCACAACCCUGGCGUUGCAAGCGCCAUGCUCUACCGAGCUACAAGGGGCCCAGCAGAGCUUUAGACAUCAACAACUACCACAUUGUACCUUUUAAGUUGAUGUAAUUUCGUGUUCUACCUCUAGGGGAUAUGCUGAGGUGGUGACUGACGGAACAUUCGGCGAGGGUUCUGGAAUCAUCCUAUUGGACGAUGUGCGUUGUGAGGGGACGGAGUCAUCCCUGCUGGACUGUCGCCAUGGCAUCUGGGGCCGUAGCGACUGUUCCCAUGGAGAGGACGUGGGCGUGCGAUGCAGGGCCAGAGCUAAAGAGGAACAGACCAAUGAGGUGCCGGCUGUUGCACCUGCCACAGGUGAGCCUUACUCCGACAGCAAUUUGGCCAAACAACCGUGAGGCCUUUUUAUUAGCUUUUACAAGUAUGUUUGUGUUGCAGGUCCUCUGGUGCGUCUGGUAGGGGGCGGCAGCCAUAAGGAAGGUCGUGCGGAGGUUUAUCUCCAUGGAGACUGGGGGAGUAUCUGUGACUCGGGCUGGAAUGACCUGAACGCUGCCGUGGUCUGCAGACAGCUGGGCCACAGGUGUGUGUGUGUGUGUGUGUGUGUGUGUGUGUGUGUGUGUGUGUGUUCACAGACCUUUGUGUAGAAGAGUGUUGUAGCUUCAGUCAAUCCAGCAUUUUUUAUCUCUCUCUUUAUCUCAGUCUUUCACCCUCCCACUCUUCCCCCUUCUCCUCUUCUCCCCCUCCUCCUCUCCUUCUCCCUCAGUGGUCAUGCGGUAGCAGCGGGUGGGUUCGGUCGGGGGAAGGGUCCUGUCCACCUGGACCAGGUGAGGUGUACGGGGAAGGAGGACUUCCUGGGGGAGUGUCCGUCUCUGGGCCGGGGCCGUGACGGCUGCAGACGGAGAGAGGAUGCAGGGGUGAGCUGUGACCACGCCCCCCGGGCAACAGAGGGCCAGGCUGGGCCAAGUGAGCACACCUGUGGAGUGAGGAAGAUUUGGGAGGAAGGGAACGAGAGGAAGAGUGGAGGAGGAGGAGAGAAUAUACUCCGGUAAGAGAAGCUUUACGUACAGCGUAGAUACACAGAGAAUCACACAUGACUCAUGAGAAGACACAGGUUAACACACACACACUAAACCCCUCUCCUCUCCCCCCCUCUCCUCUCCUCCCUCCCCCUCUCCUCUAGGACAUCAUGGCCAUGGCAGGUGUCAGUGUGGUUGGGUUCUGAGGGUAAAGAUGGCCAUCCUAUCUGUAGUGGUACUUUGAUCUCUCCGUGCUGGGCCCUGGCCUCCGCUCACUGCUUCACCAGGUGACUUCUCCUCUCCUCUCCUCUCCUCUCCUCUCCUCUCCUCUCCUCUCGUUUCCUAACAUUUGUUUAGUCACUCGUUUUUUUCUAUUUUCAGUGCUCACGUCUUCUUUUUCUGCCUUCAUUUCUUUCCAUCCAAUUUUCUGUCCCCCUUUCCAAACACUUUAUCGCUACCCCUCUCUCUCUCUCUUUCUCUCUCUCUCCCCCCUCUCCCUCUCCAUCCUCCAGGUUUGGUAUUGGCCCGUCUCAGUAUGUGGUGCGUGUGGGGGGUUCUGACCGAAUUCUGACCCCGGAGCGAGUGGUGGUCCACAGAAAGUUCAGGGCAGAUCAGGGCCCUGGGGGUCAUGACCUGGCCCUGCUGAGGCUGCCCAGCCCCAAGGAUCACUGUUUGACCUUUGCUCACCACACCAACGCCGCCUGCCUCCCCACCACAGACACUACAAGGGGCAAGACCCCCUCCUCCUGCAUUGCCGCGGUUACCGCAGGCUGGGACGGCCCAGGUACGCCUCACCUUCCACUACCUCUCAACUACAACCUCUGAGGAUUUGUGGUUUAGCAUUGCCGACACGUUAGAAACGUAUUUCUCCCUACUGUACAUGCCCUCUUCCCCCUUAGAUGCUGUGCUCCAGUCCUGGGUACCCCUCCUGACGUCAUGGCAGUGUAAGAAGCAUUAUGGCGAUGGUUACUCCUCCCAUGGCACGCUGUGCGCCGGCAGCCCCCCUGACACACGCCGUCUCCACGGGAACAAUGGUUGCCAGGGCAACUGGGGCGGUGGGCUGGUGUGCCAGGGGAAGGGAGGGCGAUGGGUUUUGACCGGGAUCGUCUCCGGGGGUUAUGGUUGCAGUGACCCCUCAACCCCCGCCCUCUACACACGGGUCGGACGGUUCCAGGGCUGGAUCGAGGAGGUCACACACACACACGAUCAUGACGAGUUGAAACAAACACACUGAUGAUGAAUUCAUACACACACACGAUCAGCACAACAAUAUACACACACACACACGAUCACAAUGGGCACACACAAAAUAAGCAUACACACACUCACAAUAAACACACACACACACGCUCGUCUGAACCAGGACACGCCAUUGGCUCACCGGCCGUGUCAUGCGACUGUCAGAGGAAGAGGAGGAAGGAUAGAUGAUGGAGGAACAGGAGGAGGACAUGUUGGAAAAGGAGGGAGAGAAAGAGGAAAGAUACAACAAGAGAAGAGAAAGAAGAGAUCCUCCUCUCCCCCUCUGCCCCCUGACCCAGACCAUGCAAACUUGUGUAUGUGCAUGUGUAUGUGUGUGUAUUACGCUAGCUGUGGGGUGUGUGCAUGCAUGUAUGGGUGGCAGAGCUGUAUGUAUCAUCUGUGUGUGGGAUGGGAGGUGCUGUAGUGAUAAUGUGUAGCCAGACAUGUGUUAGGUAGUAUUUUCUCUGACAGUGGGGUUGGGUUUCUUGUGAUGCCCUAUUUGAAUGUGACGUCUGUCCAGAAUGAUCUGUUAUUCCUUAACCAGUGGUAAAAAAAAUAUGUAAGCUGUUGUUCAAAAGCUGUUCUCGAAUAUCUAAUACUGACAUUUGUAUUCCUGAAAAUGUGAUCUACUCUACCUUGGACGGGACUUUCUCUUCUUUCAAAUGUGAACUGGACAGCUCUUCCCUCUCAUUUCAAAUAAACUGGACUCUUUUGGCUGCGGCAGUUAGCCUUGAGGUGUAGGCCACUAACCUGAGGAUGUUGGUGUCGGUUCCCGGCUACCAUCUGCUGUUGUGCCCUACAGCAAGACACUCUACUGCUCCAACAAAUUGCUCCAGGGAUUCUGCACCGUGGCAUACCCUGUCAACGGCAUUGCAACGUCACAAAAAAGACAAUAAAAUGAUAUUCUAUGCUAUUCUAUUUUUCUCACUCCUGUCAAAGCCAUGGAAAGCCAAGGGAUGGAUCAUAUUUAUCUUUUUCUACUGAUCUCCCUGAAUGGCUCUAGUAGUUAACAUUGUGUGUAAAUACUUUUGAUUGUUCAUGUGUUGCAUUCAUUAACGUCUGAUUGCCAAACAGCUAGACUUCCUGUAGUUGAAUAUUCCUCUCACUUUUCUCUGACCUCAGUAGUAGAUGGUGAUGUUGUCAUAUAUUCAGAGGCAACAUUUAUCAUCAGCUUGAGUGAGAAGUUGCCCCUAACCCUGAGAUCUAGGAUCAGAUUAGCCAACUCCAAAUGGUAUGAUGUAUUUGAUACCAUUCCAC